GUAGGCUGGGCCAACUUGUGACCUUCCCUCCUAUCCCAGUUCUCCCACUCUGCCCCACUCCCCCUCACUAGCCUAUGGUUCUCAUUCCCUGCCACACACCCCAUCACCUCACAUCCCACAAACAAGAAGAGGUGAGCUCCUUGAGAGCAAAAGGAUGCUUCUCCAUCUGAGAUACUUGCAGACGAGAGCUCUCUGGGACCUACGCAGUGACUCCUAGCUCUAAGCUCCCCACCGAGGUAGGAGUUUCUUGGGACCCAGGCUCUGUGUCAAGUUCAACACUGAAGCACAGCUUCCUGCAACAAGAAGUGUCUACAGAAUAUGAACUCCCACCGAAGUGGAGUUCCCUGGACACUGACAGUGUCUCCAUUGACCUGAGCACUCCUUUGGGAUAAGAACUUCCUUGGAACGGGCAAUGAUUUUGUGAACUCUGAGCUCCCCACAGAGGUGGGAGCUCCCUGGAAACAAACUGUAUCACUGCAGUCUUAGAGCUUGACACUGACUUACAGUUCCCUGGAACACUGGCAGACUAUGGGCUGCCAACAGAAGUGGAAACUCCCUGGGAAACAGCAAUGUCUCUAGGGACUCAGGUCUCCCCACAGAGUUAGGAGAUCCUGCAACAUGGACAGUGUCUCAGCUUUACAAUGUCACCAACUCUCAGCUCUACAAUGAUGCAGGAGCUCUCUGGGACACAGGCAGAGCCUCUAAAGACUCGGAUCUUCCUCUGAAAUGGAGCUCUCUUGGACACAAGUACUGCCUCCAUAAAAUCUGGGCUCCCUUCCGAGGUAAGAGCUCCUUGAAACAUGGGCAGUAUCUUGUGGACUCUGAAUUCUCCAUGAGAUAGGAGCUCACUUGUGACAGACUCAGAGCUCCCAUGAAGUGGUGCUAACUAGGUCACAGGCAGUACCUACUCUCUCUGUGCUCCCCAUGGAGGGAGCUCUAUGGGAGGAGGGCACUGUCACCAAGACUCUGAACUCCCUUACAAGGUGGGAGCUCCCUGGAGCUCUAUGAAAAACUAUGAAAAACUAUGGAGCUCCAGCUCCAGCUCCCUGGAGCACAGUAGUGUUCUUAGGGACUCUUAGUUCUCUGCUGAGGUGGGAGUUCACUGGGACACAGACAGUGUCUCCAUAGACUGUGAGCUCCACACAAGUACAAGUCUCUGGAACUUGGGCAAUGUGUUCCAGUACUCUGUGCUCCCCACAAGAUGGGAACUCACUGGAUUGUGGGCAGGGUCUCCAUGAACUAUGAAUUCCCCACUGAGGUGGGAGCUCCCUGGGACACAGGAAGUUUUCUGACAGAUUUUGAGCUCCAUUUCACUCUGGGAUACCCGUAGUGUUUCUAUGGACUCUGAGCUCCCUGCUAUGGUAAGAGCUUCCCAGCACUCCGGCAUUGUCUCCAGUAACCCUGGGCUAUCCACUGAGGUGGAAGCUCACUGAGACAUGGGCAGUGGCUUGAUAGACUCUAAACUGUCCUUAAGGUAAGAGCUCCCUGAGACAUGAGCAGUGUCUCCAUAGACUGUGGACUGUCCAUAACAUGGGAGCUCCCUGGGAAUCAGGCAGGGUCUCCACAAACUGAACUCCACACUGAGAUGGGAAAUUCCUGGGACACAGAAUGUUUUCACAGACUCGGAGCCUCCCUGCUGAGGUAGGAGGCUCCCUGGGACAUGGAUGGUGUUCCACUGACUCUGAGCUCCCCUCAGAGUUGCUGAGGGGCAGUGAGGACAAGGAGCUGCAUGAACUGCACUUGGAAAGAAACCCUGCCUUGUACAAUUUCACACGCCAGGGAGCUGGACUCAGCACGGGUAUACACAGCGCCUCGGACAGUGACGAGAGGAACCACCGGGCAGUAACCGAAGCCAUGAGGGUCAUCGGCUUCAGUUCUGAAGAAAUAGGGUCUGUGUAUCGCAUCCUGGCUGCCAUAUUGCACCUGGGAAACAUUGAGUUUGUGGAGAUAGAGGAAAGUGGGAUGCAGAAGGGUGGCCUGGUGGUGGCUCAGGCGGCGCUGGUGGACCAUGUGGCUGAGCUGACAGCCACACCUCGGGACCUUGUGCUCCGCACCCUGCUGGCUCGCACUGUGGCCUCUGGAGGCAGGGAGGUCAUAGAGAAGGGCCACACUGCAGCUGAGGCCAGCUAUGCCCGGGACGCCUGUGCUAAGGCUGUGUACCAGCGGCUGUUUGAAUGGGUAGUGGACAAGAUCAACAGCAUCAUGGAAGCCCGAGACCGGGACCCUCGGCGUGAUGGCAAGGACACAGUCAUCGGCGUGCUGGACAUCUACGGCUUUGAGGUGUUCCCUGUUAACAGCUUCGAGCAGUUCUGCAUCAACUACUGCAACGAGAAGCUGCAGCAGCUCUUCAUCCAGCUCAUCCUGAAGCAGGAGCAGGAAGAGUACGAGCGUGAGGGCAUCACCUGGCAGAGUGUGGAGUACUUCAAUAAUGCCACCAUCGUGGACCUUGUGGAGCGGCCCCACCGGGGCAUCCUGGCUGUGCUGGACGAGGCCUGCAGUGCUGCGGGCACCAUUACCGACCGCAUCUUCCUGCAGUCCCUGGACACACACCACCGCCACCACCCACACUACACCAGCCGCCAGCUCUGCCCCACAGACAAGACCAUGGAGUUUGGCCGAGACUUUCGGAUCAAGCACUAUGCAGGAGAUGUCACGUACUCCGUGGAGGGCUUCAUUGACAAGAACAGAGACUUCCUCUUCCAGGACUUCAAGAGGUUGCUGUACAACAGCAUGGACCCCACCCUGCGGGCAAUGUGGCCAGAGGGGCAGCAGAACAUCACAGAGGUGACCAAGCGCCCCCUGACAGCUGGAACACUCUUCAAGAACUCCAUGGUGGCUCUGGUGGAAAACCUGGCCUCUAAGGAACCCUUCUACGUCCGCUGUAUUAAGCCCAAUGAGGACAAGGUGGCAGGGAGGCUGGACGAGGACCACUGUCGCCAUCAGGUCGCAUAUCUGGGCCUGUUGGAGAAUGUGAGGGUUCGCAGGGCUGGCUUUGCUUCCCGCCAGCCCUAUUCUCGGUUCCUGCUCAGGUACAAGAUGACCUGUGAGUACACAUGGCCCAACCACCUGCUGGGCUCUGACAAGGCAGCUGUGAGUGCUCUCCUGGAGCAGCACGGGCUGCAGGGGGAUGUGGCCUUUGGCCAUAGCAAACUGUUCAUCCGUUCACCCCGGACACUGGUCACACUGGAGCAGAGCAGAGCCCGUCUCAUCCCCAUCAUUGUGCUGCUGUUGCAGAAGGCUUGGCGGGGCACCUUGGCAAGGUGGCGCUGCAGGCGGCUAAGAGCUGUAUAUACCAUCAUGCGCUGGUUCCGGAGGCACAAGGUGCGUGCUCACCUGGCUGAGCUGCAGCGGAGAUUCCAUGCUGCACGGCAGCCCCCACUCUAUGGCCGUGACCUUGUGUGGCCACCACCACCUACUGUGCUACAGCCUUUCCAGGACACCUGCCAAGCGCUCUUCUGCAGGUGGCGGGCCCGGCAGCUGGUGAAGAAUAUUCCUCCUUCAGACAUGGCCCAGAUUAAGGCCAAGGUGGCUGCCAUGGGGGCCCUACAGGGGCUGCGACAGGACUGGGGCUGUCGACGGGCCUGGAACCGAGACUACUUGUCUUCUGCUGCAGACAAUCCUACAGCAUCGAGUCUGUUUGCUCAGCAACUAAAGAAGCUUCGGGAGAAGGAUGGCUUUGGGACUGUGCUCUUUUCUAGCCACGUCCGCAAGGUGAACCGCUUCCACAAGCGCCGGGACCGGGCCCUCCUGCUCACCGAUCGGCACCUCUAUAAGCUGGAGCCCAGCCGGCAGUACCGGGUGAUGCGGGCCGUGCCCCUCGACAGGGGUCUGGAGCACCCCAAAAUUCAGCCCACAGCAGUACCCGUGCAGAAAACCCUGCAGUGGCUUCCCAUUGCCCACAGGGUAAAGGCUCUGGCCCUUCAGGCCCUGCUGCACAGCUAUCUUGCACCACCACACUCUCACAUCCCAGCCAAGGUAAACAGCCUCUCUCCCCACCUGUGUCCAUCUUGGGAGGGUCUCCCACGUAUUCAGUGCCUCCUGCAGGAUCUCAUCCAGCCUCUCUUCUGCCUGCUGCUGGCUCUUAGGCCCAUGUGUUCCCUUGCAUGGCAGUGCUGUGUUCCCAUAAAUUCCCUUUCCUUCAGGACAGGGAGCAGCCUGGGGCAGGGAUCCAGGCUGGAUCCCCUCUGGGUCUCUCACGGUGUCAGGGAUCCUGCGACUGCCAGAGUAGAAGGGGCUGUUAGUGUCUGAUACAGCAGCUGAGAGCCAGUGUAGCUGUUUACAUGUGAUUAAAGUGUAAUAAUACUAAAAACUCAGGCCAGGGACAUUGGCUUACAUCGGUAAUCCUAGCAAUUUGGGAGGCCAAGGCAGGAGUUUCCCUUGAGGCCAGGAGUUCUAAACCAGCCUGGGCAAUAGCAAGACCCCAUCUCUACAAAACAUAAAUAAAUUAAAAAAUUAGCCAGGUGUAGUGGCCCACGCCUAUAGUUACAACUACUAGGGAGGCUGAGGCUUAAGCCCAGGAGUUAAAGGUUUCAGUGAGCUAUGAUGACAGCACUGCAUUUUAGCCUGCGCACCAGAGCAAGACCCUGUCUCAGCACAAAAAAAAUCACCUAAAAACUCAGUCACAGGUGUUCAGUGGCUACCCUGUUGCACAGCAAGAAUCUAGAAUCAUUCAUCAUGGCAGAAAGUCCUAUUGUAUGGCUCCCUGCUCAACCUUCCCCUUUGUCAGCAGGGUCCAGAAAGAGAAGGGAGGGGGCGGAAGGACCCUGGGCUGUGCCCUUGGAGGGGCUCCAGGGAGGGGCUCCCCGGUAGGGUUGGGGAGAUAGGAUCCCAGGGAAGGGGGCAAGUCUAGCGCCCCUUGACCCCAGCUCUC